AUGGUCUUAGGCGUGAUGGACAAAACACGUAAACAGAAACGACCGUCAGAUGGUGUUCACUGGCAUCUAAUUCGUAUCAUAGGGAACUACUUCUUCGUUACUGCCUUUAUUUCAUGCAACUUUCGAUCUUCUAGCUGUGCUACUCAUACGCUAUGUUUUUUGAUACGAAUUAUCCCUUGCGCUCUUUGUCUGAUGCUGAUGUUCCAGUGUCGUUCCGUGGCUCUUAAGUUUGCCGAACCAGCGCAUGUUGAAUUCUUGAAGUAUCUACUUCUGGCUGGGUUGAUUUUAUAUGCAGUGCUUCUCAUUUCUUCAGGUUUCUAUAUCGCUGUGUCAUUUCGUGGUCCCAUUCCAGGCACCGCACUGCUACCUGAUCACAGAAUUGGUAACUGUCUCCAGCAAUUGGAAAUCUAUACACGACAAUAUGGUGUUGGAGUAGCUUGGCCUUUAAGUCCAAAAUGGUUACUCUUUUUCGUACAGGUCGUGAUCCCGUUGGACGAAUCGCAUGAGUUCUGCGCACGAAUUAUGGGAGCGCUUUUUCUAGGAACGUAUAUAGCACCCUCCCACGCCCUUCAAUGGAGUAAUAUGAGGGAUCGAAUGGUGGCUGUCGACGCUCGAAUCAUUGCUUGCCUCGGCAUAAUUUGUGCUCAGCUCUGGUCACAAAGUGCCUACCCCGACUUCUGGUCUAGAGGACAUUGGAUCGGCAUCACAUUGUCGGCCACCUGGUGUUUGGUCUCCAUCGCCUAUCGCAUUGCACUCUUCUACACUACUAAAAUAAAAACAGUGUGA